CCGCGCUGCGGAGAAAAUCACUUGUCAGAGUGUGAGAAAUCAAUAGAAUUUUUUGGUGGUCGGAAAAUUGUGAAAAUUGUGUGAAAAAUGGCUGAUAAUGAGCAAAAAGCUCUCCAAUUGGUAGCUGAGGCUGAGAAGAAACUCAACUCGUCGAAGGGCUUCCUUGGAUCGCUAUUUGGAGGUGGCUCGAGUCGCGUGGAGGAUGCAGUUGAGUGCUACCAGAGAGCGGCCAAUAUGUUUAAGAUGGCCAAAAAGUGGUCCCAAGCCGGGAAAGCCUUCUGCGAUGCGGCCAACCUGCACGCGAGGGCGGGCUCUCGUCACGACGCGGCGACGAACUACGUAGACGCCUCGAAUUGCUACAAGAAGACUGACCCCAAUGAGGCCGUCGCCUGCCUUCUCAAGUCCAUCGAUAUCUACACAGACAUGGGGCGCUUCACGAUGGCAGCAAAGCUACACCAGAGCAUUGCGGAGAUGUUCGAGAACGAGGCGAAUGAUUUACAACGAGCCAUUCAGCACUACGAACAGGCGGCUGACUACUUCAAGGGUGAGGAAUCUACCACCUCGGCCAAUAAGUGUAUGCUGAAAGUGGCUCAGUACGCUGCUCAGCUGGAGGAUUAUGAGAAGGCGAUUCAGAUCUAUGAGCAAGUGGCCAGCUCAUGUUUGGACAGCUCGCUGCUGAAGUACAGCGCGAAGGAUUACUUCUUCCGUGCGGCUCUGUGUCAUCUGAGCGUGGAUCUGCUCAAUGCGCAGCACGCAUUGGAGAAGUACGCACAGCAGUAUCCGGCAUUCCAGGAUUCGCGUGAAUAUAAGCUAGUUAAGACGCUGUGUGAGCAUCUCGAGGAGCAAAACAUUGAGGGAUUCACUGAAACGGUUAAGGACUACGAUAGCAUCUCGCGGCUCGAUCAAUGGUACACGACAAUUCUCUUGAGGAUCAAGAAGCAGGCUAACGAUAAUCCUGACUUGCGAUAAAUUGCGUGUGAUGAAAAUCACAACAGGUUCGUAUUUAUUUGCACAGAGAUGAAAAAAAUGGGGAAAAAACACAAUUAAUGAGUGACCGAAAUAUGAUUUUGAGCCACGCAUAUUGUUUGCAAAAAAAAAGAAACGUUGAUACAAGAGAAAAGUGAUUGGACUCUGUCGGUCCAGUGCGUUUGCCUCAUUUCCACUUUGUUAUGAAGUUUUUGUACAUUGUUUUGUUGAAGAACUACUUUUCUUUGUUAUUCUAUUUUAUUUGCUCCUCAAGUUCCUGGAUGAUUUUGUUGAGGUGUUUUUCUGUUGCCACCUUGGUUGUUUUGGAUUAAUUGGUGACACACUAUUGAAAGAUAUAUCAUCUUAGAUUUGAGAUUUCCACCGAUGCCACAUUGUGCAUAUAAUGAAAAAUAUUCUCCUUGUAUUCCUUCAAUUGAAAAUAUUACACUCCAGACGUUUGUCAUCGAGUGAUUCAGCGAGAGUGAAAAAUAGCGAGGGAUUUACCAUGAAUCACUGCAUUAAAUCUGUUGAGAAGAUCAAAAACAAUUCCUUUUUUAUCAUAAUUUAUCGUCAUUUUUAAAUAAAUAUGGGUUCUAUCAGUUACAUUCUGUUGCCAGAUGCCCGAGAAGUUGAUGAUCAUAACAUUGUUGCAUGAUUGGAAAGUGUUUCACAUUUUUAAGAGUGAAUGAUCUCUGUUUCUGCGAUGACAGACAUCUUGGAGUAGUGAAAUAGAUUCGAGAAAUAUUAGCGGCGGUAAAGAGGAAACAAAACUACGAUAACGAUAUUUGUUAUUGAAAAAAAAACAAAAAUUCUCAAGUGGAUUGAUGUAAAAGAAUAAUGUGCGUUUUUACUAAAGAGAAAUUAAAGAAAAAAAAACAUUAAAUAUUCGUCUCUAGUAAAGUUAAUAUUAAAAGAAUAAAACAAAAUGUCACUAAUAAAGAAAAAUAUCAGUCAAAGGGCUUAGAAAAAAGACAACAAACUCACCAAUUGAGUGGUAAAAAAAAACAAUUAUAACAAAAAUGAUAUAUAUUCCAUUAAAAAUUUAGCAUAUAAAUGAUGAGAUGCAAGAAAAUAUGGGGAAAAAACACGAAAUUAUGAAUAUCUAUCAAUUUAAAAGUUCUUUAUAAUCUUAAACCAAAUAUCUCACUCCUCAAUUAAUUAAUAGAAGGAAAGUAAACAUUAAAUAUUAGGCGCACUUCACGAUAUUUUAUAAAGAUUAUAAACUUAGAAUCUGUGCAUUUUGACAAGAGGAUUUAAAUUGAAAAGAUAGGUUGGAGACAUAACAGUGAAAUUGACUUAGCUAUCAUUUUAGAUAAACAUAAUUAGUGAGUUUCGAGGUAAAUCUCGUAUUUUUCAAAUUAUCCAUCAAAUCAUAUGAUUUUAUUUUACUUUACAUUCAAUUGAUACUUUUUUUUGUAGAAGUUCAACUUUGCAGUUUGAAAACAACAUAAUCCGUACGCAAUGCAAUAUUUACAUGAUUAUAUGAGAUAUUUGAAGUAUAUUGAAAAUGAAAAAAAACAAGGAAUUCAAAAGAAAUUAUCAAUAUAACUCAAAUUAACAAUUUAUGUAUAAUUAUCAAAAAAUAUCUGUAUAAAUUUGAAUUGUGUCUGAUAGAUUAAACAUGGAAAGAAAAGUGACUAUUAUUGCUUUAUAUGUGUUAUAAAUUGCAAUAAAGAUACAGAAGAAUAUAGUGAAA